CUGUCACUCAUGGCGGCGGCGGAGGCUCCGCAGCAGCAGCGGUCCGCGGCGGCCCGCGCCCGGAACCUGCCCUGGGUUGAAAAGUACCGGCCACAGACCCUGGCCGAUCUCAUUUCUCAUCAGGACAUUCUGAGUACCAUUCAGAAGUUCAUCAGUGAAGACCGUCUGCCACACCUGCUUCUCUAUGGCCCUCCGGGGACAGGAAAGACAUCCACCAUCCUGGCCUGUGCCAAGCAGCUGUACAAAGAUAAAGAGUUCGGCUCCAUGGUCUUGGAGCUGAAUGCUUCCGAUGACCGAGGAAUAGACAUCGUCCGGGGGCCCAUCCUCAGCUUUGCCAGCACAAGGACCAUCUUCAAGAAAGGGUUUAAGCUUGUGAUCCUGGAUGAAGCCGAUGCCAUGACUCAAGAUGCCCAGAAUGCCUUGAGACGAGUGAUUGAGAAGUUCACAGAAAACACCAGGUUUUGUCUCAUCUGUAACUAUCUGUCCAAGAUCAUCCCUGCCUUGCAGUCAAGGUGCACAAGGUUCCGAUUUGGCCCUCUGACGCCUGAACUCAUGGUCCCUCGCCUGGAGCAUGUAGUAGAAGAGGAGAAUGUUGAUAUAAGUGAAGACGGAAUGAAGGCCCUUGUCACUCUAUCCAGUGGGGAUAUGCGAAGGGCUUUGAACAUUCUGCAGAGUACCAAUAUGGCCUUUGGGAAGGUGACAGAAGAGACUGUCUACACCUGCACCGGGCAUCCCCUCAAGACAGACAUUGCCAACAUUCUGGACUGGAUGCUGAAUCAAGACUUCACCACCGCCUACAGAAACAUCAUGGAGCUGAAGACUCUCAAGGGCUUGGCUCUGCAUGACAUCCUGACUGAGGUUCACUUGUUUGUGCACAGAGUUGACUUUCCGUCUUCGGUUCGGAUACAUUUAUUGACCAAGAUGGCAGACAUCGAGUACAGACUGUCCGUGGGCACCAACGAGAAGAUACAGCUGAGCUCCCUCAUUGCUGCAUUUCAAGUCACCAGAGACCUGAUCGUCUCAGAGGCCUAGACGCUCCACGUCCUGCUGGUCCGACCUCAGGCCCAUCGGUGACAGGACAGAGGACUUGCUUACCCAUGAAGUACUGCCCUGGACCACUGGACAAAACUGCUCACAGAAGUCUCCCCAGGCAUUUGGGCAGUGCUCUCUGUGGCUGUUUGAGUAGAGACCUACAGAGCAACGUUAAUCUGUAACAGUCCACACUGCUUGUCUUUGGUAGAGAAAAUAAAUCUUUUUUUUGGGGGGGGGGGGGGGUAUGUCUUUAAAGUCAGUUGCUGGGAUGACAAAAUUUGUCUUAUCUGUUAGGUCUACAGUGUAAUGUUCAAACUGAACACGCUUCAGUUGUCUUCCAACUCAAGGUCUGCAUCUCCGAAUUUAAAUGUUUUCACUUUUGUAUCUACUUUACAUUGGUGCUAGUGGAUUUCUGAUCAAAACUACUCUGUUACAAAACUUCAAAUUGGUCGUUUGUGGCCCAAUGUGGUCCCCUGCCCAUAAUCUCAGGACUCAGGAGGCUGAGGCAGAAUUACCAGCCAGUUGCAGGCCAGCCCGGUGAGAUACACCCUGUCAGAAACAAAACACUGGUCUUUGUCUCUUAGAAGGCUUCCCAGCAGGUUCCACAUUCUACUGUAACGAUAGCAAAGAAACUGUACUAGUACAGUUAGCCUUCAGACUGCCUUUCUGGCCACUGGCUGUGCAAACCACUUGGGGAGGGAUGGGAUGCUGUGGGUGCUCCUGUCUGUGCAGCUGGGCUGCCUUUACACCAGUCCUCCAUGGUAGGAAUAAGGUGCUUGUUGAGUGUGACGGACAUGCCUGCUCCUGCGUUCCUGUCAGGCUUGUCUCUAGUGUCAGGAUAAACUCUCCUGGGAGGCUGUCAGACUGUUGCCUACAGGCUUCUGUACAGCUGCAGAGAAGCAUCUGCACUCCCUCAGGACCAGGCUUCCCUUGGGCAGGGUGAGGGGCUGUGCAUAGCUACCAACCCUGGAGAGCACCCGGUGGGCCACGACCAACCUGCUCUUCAUCACAUUAGCUGGGGAAGAUGCAUCUGAGGUGGAGACAUUUUCAGCACGCUGGACCUUGAAGUUAAGCAUGUGCCGUGUAAGGGAGGAAUGUUUUCCUGUCAAUGGAGAGCGUGGUCCCCAAGUUUUCCAGUGGAGUUUGAAGCUGCAGCCAAGAGGUCAGUGCUGGAGGCAGUAUCUCCACUACGUGCAUGGCUCAAAUGCCCACUAGUGUCCCCACUUUAUGCUUGUUUUAAAGAUUUUUCUUUUUCUUAAUGGAAAAAAAGGAACAGAGACAAGCUUUUUUUUUUUCUUUCUUUCUUUCUCUUUUCUCCCUUCAAUGAAAGCCUCAUUUUGCAAUGUUUUUCUUCAAAUAAUAGAGGAAACUCCUCUAUGCACACACUGUACAAUGUUAACACUGCCUCCAUAAAGCAUCAAUUAAGAAAA